AUGUGAUGACAUAUCACGUACCUGCGCCUUGCAGAGACAUCAAGUGAGGUUCACAGAAACAAAAACAAACAAAAAAGAUUGUGAGUUUGCCUGUUUCUAUGGCUGGAUUGGCUAACAAAGACAAAGAAAAGGCUGAUGAAGAAGCAUUAAAGCACGGGUUGAGAGCAGAGGAAAGUCAGCAGGGGGAGCUGAAAGACUACAAACCAACACAACUGGAGAAACACGACAAGGCUGAGCAGAGUGUUGCUGAGAAUAUAGACCAGAAGAUCACGUCACAGAACCAUACUGUCAUCAUCCCGUCUCCUACUAAGGAGAACGUAAGAACCGAGUCUCCACAGCUGGAUGAGGAUGACCAGCUGAGUUCUAAGGUGGAUCAGAAGCAGGAUCUCCAGACUCUGCUCAAGCAGCUGCAGAGUGAACAGAGGGAUCUGCUAACACAGGUGGAGCAUCUGGGUCUCACAGAAAGAGGUCAGUUUACGGACAACACUUGUCGUAACAGUUCCGUGCGCAGUUUAGAGGAAGCUGAAAGAAUGAAGAGCGCACUGAAGUCCCGAAGAUCAACUAGCCCGAUUCGGCAGCCCCCUGUGAAGGGAGGCACAUACGACUCAGAGCUGAUGAGAGUGAUGAGAGAGAGGGACGAGAUGCAGUGUAUGCUGGUUAAGUACGAGCGCCACCUGUCUGAGAUCCAAGCCAACGUUCGGGUACUUACGGCCGAGCGGGACAAGACCAGAAUGCACUAUCAGCAGGCUCAGGAAGAGAUAGCAGACCUCCGUCGUGAGGUGUUAAAAUCAAAGGCGUCCCGGAGAUCCAAAUACAGCAUGACGGCUCAGAGUAUACUGAAACGCCUGGAGGGAGAGAGAGAUGAGGCGAUGUCCGACCUUCACCGCAUGAGCACAGAGAGAGACAGCCUGAGAGAGAGACUCAAGAUCUCUCAGGAGACAGCAAUUAGUGAGAGAGCUCACUUGGAGCAGAGGGUGGAGGACCUGCAGAAUGCCUUACUGGCACUGGAGCAGGAACGAGCUGAGCAUAAGAGCAGACAGGUGCAGAUGAAGGAGUCUAUGAUGGGUCUGGAGGAGGAGGUGAAAACGCUGGGCAGAAAGCUUGCUGCUACUGAUGUUGAACUCAGCUGCCUCAAGAAUGAAUGCAGCACGCUCAGGCUUUCUAACGCUCAAACAGAGAAUACUCUUAGUGAGACUCAGAAGCGGCUGAUUAACAGGGUUGGAGAUCUGCAGCGAGUGCAGACAAAGAAUGAACAGCUGGAUGAAAGGAACGAGUCUUUGCUGAAGGAGGUAACGGUUCUCAAAGAGGAACUGAAUGUGCUGCAGAACACUGUUUCCGAACUGCACCAGCACAGAGAUACUCUACAGGAACAGCUGGAGAGAAAGAAUGCCCUGCUCUACUCCACUAACAAAAAUCUGGAUGACAAGGAAAACUCCAUCCACAAUAUGAACCUACAUAUUGAAGAUCUGGAAACUACUCUAGAAGCUGCGAAAGAGACAGUAAGCAGCAGGGAUCGAGAACUGGACGUGAUGAGGAGAAAGCUGUUGGAUUCAGGAGAUGAGCUGAAUGCUGUACUGAAGCUCAAAGAUGCUACAGUGAGAGAUAACACACAGCUCAGAGACGAGAUGGACCGAGUGCGUCUAGACAACAAGGCAUUGCAGUUCAAAGUAGAUGAGGCCGCUCGUGAGAUUGAGGUCUUGGAAAGGAAAAUGCAAAACUAUGCGUCUGACAUCUCCAGUAUCGAAGACCUAUUGUCCUCCAAGGAACGAGACUGUAGGGCGCUGCAGGAGUGUCGAGUGGCGCUGAGAACCUCAGAUUCAGAGAAGCGCAGGCUCAGAGAGAGAGUAGAAAGUCUGGAGAGCAGUCUGAAAGAGGCUCUCAGUGCUGAGCAGAGCUGCAGUGCUGUGCUCAAACAGCUGAAGUCCACACUAGAGAAACAGGAGGAAGAGCUGCUGCAAGUUCAGAGCAAGCACUUACACACACACCACGACUUGGAGAAGACCCGCGAUCUCUGCGUCAAACUGGACGCUGGCAGAGAAACGGUGCAUAGUGUCACUGUCCAGCAGGAGCUGGAGUCGUGUCGCUCUGAGCUGGAGCUCCUGAGGAAGCAGCUAGCAGUAGAGCGAGAGAAAGAAUUACACAGACAACUCAGCUCUCAGGAGAGGCUUGUCGAGAUCCAGCUCCUCAGGGACAAACUCACUGUAGCUGACAGCAAGGCGAGCACUCAAAGCAGAGAAAUGGCUCAGCUAAGGACUCGGUCAGCACUGUUAGAGGCUGAUCUCGAGGCCACCAGGAGGCAGCUGAACACAGAGCGUGAUGAAAGGGAACACGCAGUGAAGGAGCUGCGCAGACUCGGACUCUCCUCACCCCUUUGCUCUCCGAUCUUGUCCUCCACACUGCGCACUCCUCCCUCCCCUGUCCGUCGAUCCCUCAGCCCUCACACAUCCUAUUCACCUGAGCGUUCACAUCACGCCACUCCUGACCACCUGCCACUGAGACGCUCAACUGACAGGAGUGUGACUUUCAGAGAGCUAUAUGACUAAGCAGACAUGGACUGGGCAGCUUUGGAAGCACAUCAGUUUUACUGUGACACCACUACGUGCCUUCUUUAUUAAAUAAAGCAUUUUAUAUUUGAA